AUGUGUGUCAAAAAUAAACUAACAUUAGCCAACACACAAUGGCUCACAUUAACUCUCUUGAUUGUGUUGAAUAGCCACGAUGAACACUAGAAGGGGAGCUUUGAAUCCUGUGCCACCAAAGGUCAGCAAGGCUUCCACUCCUGCUGAGGAGAAAGAGCAAAUUGCUCCUACAAUCAAACAUGAGUUGGCCAUGGUCAAACUUCAGCUGGAAGCUGAGAGAGAGCGAGGAAGACUCCGAGAAGAAACCAUAGCAAUGCUGAAGUCCGACAAAGAUUAUUUGCAGCGUGAAUUGGCCAGCAAGGCUGAAAUGUUGCGGGAACUUGUAAAAUCUGGCAGCAGAUCAGAUCAGCCAUCGUCUAGUUCAGGUGACCAGUACACACACAGACAUUCAUGGCGGGAGACGCAGCAAAUGUUACUAUACAGUGAACGCAAUAUUACAUGAAUUUUCACACGUGAAUUUUGACAUCCACCAACUUGGAUUUUUAUGCAAUUUUUGUGAUAACUAGAAACAUAAGGAGAAGAAAUAUGAAUGGCUGUUUUACAAUUGUGUGUGUUCUUAUUUAUUACAGCAGAGUCUUCCAAGAUGGAAAAAAAGAUGAAAAGAGUCUUCAUCUCAGAUGAAGAAUCCGACAUUGCCUCAGUCGUAGCCACUGACUCCCCAUUGUCCGAUUCGUCUUUUGAGGAAGACACCAAGGCAAAGAAAAAACUCAAGAAGAGAUCCCCUAAGCUGGGUGGAAGCCCAAAACCAGAGAUGAGUUGCGUUCGAGUGAAAAACAUCAGAGACAUCAUCAAAAGGUAUAAGGCAGUACUCAAGAGGUACAGUGAGGGGGGAUCGAUGAAGACUGCAUUCGAAGAAGUUGGUGUAGAUCGCAACACUAUUGCCAGAACGGCAGUUGUCGCAGAGCUCUGCCUCGCAGCCCCGGAAGCUUUCAGUGCACUUGACCGGUGGAAUGACAAGAUUGAGAAGCUGUCCGCAUUUGUGGACAGAUGCCGUGCGGCUGUUACCACCGAGAUUAAAGAGCAGAUAAACAGAAUGAAAGAGGAUGGUAUCUUGUUACCUAUUGCGCAUUGAAUGUGCCAAAAAAAAAAAGCUGUCAGUUCCAGGUUUAUGUUAAUAAUCUGUUAAUUAUGUUAAUGACAUGCAUUAUGUUAUAAAUUGCAGUUUGCAUUUGGUCUCAGGUGAAAGAGCUAUGCAAGUUUUUUUUUUUUUUUUUUUAAUACACAGAUUUUAUUUAUAACAUCUAUUUAAUUGGCUGGCUCUAACAUUACAUGCACAAAUGUGGAUUUGAAUGGUAAGGUACAUCGGCUGAUAACCGUUCAGAGUAAUAUUGUGGAUCUACCUACCUUUUGGAGCUGUAUUUCUUUAAAAAAAGAUGUACUAUAUGAUUUUGGUUUGAUAAGAGACCGUUUUUGUACUGACCUAUAUUCACAGAUUACAA